AUGGAGCCACUCGGCCCGGGAGACAUCUCUCAAUCCGAGUUCAAGGCCUCCCGACCACGGCUGAAAGCACCCUGGGCGUGCUUACGCUGCCGUGAGAGAAAGGUCCGCUGCGAUGUCUCGAAGAAAGAUGGGCCAUGUACGAACUGCUGUUUGCGUGGCAAAACCUGCACAACUCUGCCCUCCACCAAAAGAGCCAGAGGCUUCAAGGACAGGGUCCGGCUGUUGAAGAAGUCGGUUUGGGGUCACUCGCCACAUGCUGAUGAGAUCACAUCAGACGCAGAGACAUCGCCGCAUGCGCUCAACCCCCCGACCCCUACCUCCUUCGAACCCUCGUUUUGCGUAGAGCUGGCCGCAGACUCAGUGCUCUAUCUGGACUAUCACUUCCUCAGUAUCGGCAAUCUUGCCAACAUGCCCUCCGAAGAGAUAAACUUUCUCGACAUACAAGGCUGCCUUCUUGUCCCGCGACGGCAAACCAUGGAUUCUAUCGUGCAACAGUACUUCCUCCAUGUCCAUCCUCUUCUCCCGUUACUAGAUGAACGAUCUUUCUGGGACGUGUAUUCUCGACGGUGGGCGGCCGCAGAUGCAUCAGGUCCGAAAAUAUCUCUGCUGGUCUUCCAAGCGCUAUUAUUUGCAGCUUGCAACUCUAAGGGAAGCAAAGGCUGGUUUUUACAGCAAGGCGAAGGUGAUUCUCUCUACAAAACUCCAGUACUACCCGCUCAUGCUUGUUCGCAGCAUCUGUAUGAUUUCGGAAGUGAGUCAUCGUCGAUUUGCAUUGCACAAGCCGCUCUCUUGCUCUCCUUCAGAUCCUCUUCAACCUACCUCGGCAUUAAAGAGGUCAACAUCUCCUGGCUGAACAUCGCUAUUCAACACGCUCAAAUCGCAGAAGCAGCCUGGCACGCGCCCUCCUCGGCACCCAUAGAAACGGACAAUUCGGAUCUUCAGAGCGUUCUGAAAAGACUAUGGUGGUGUUGCAUCAUCCGAGACAGGGUGCUCUCGUUGUGUCUCAGGAGACGACCCCAGAUCGAUCCAGCGCACACUGACUCUGCCUUCUACGCACCACUACGAUCUGCGGACCUAGAAAACGAGAUCCGGCAUAGCAGAGUAUACUGUAAAACCUCAAAGGCAUGCCUAAAUAGUAUUCUAGAGAGGUUUGCCGACCUUUGUGUCGUUCUGACUGAUGUCCUGACGCUGGUCUACCCAAUGGAUAAGCAACGUCUACAUGGACCAGACCUGGCCGCAAUAUUAACAAGAAUCUCGGAUACCAAGAAUUCAUUAAGGGAAUGGGACAAGAAAACCUCUUUUUCUCUUCACUUCUUGCUCGGCAGACGCACAGAGACGCUGGCAGUGUCGAAUAACACCGAGGUUCCUCACUAUUCGGUAACGUUGUACAUUAACCUGAUUUAUAUAUACUACCAGUACGAAAAGCCUGACUCUUCAUCAUGGAUUGCUCUCUGUCAUUACGAGGCUCUAAGCCUGGCAAGCCAAACCAGUCUACCGUGCGACUACAUUCCAAGCGGGUGGCCAGCAGGAUCUCAAAACCAAUGGGAGAUUCAGGAUGCUGCCCUAUCAGUGACCCAGUCACUCCAGACGCUGCACCAUAUGAACCUUGACCGAUGGCUUCCCAGCAGUGCUGUUGCGUGCAUCGCAACGCCGCUGGUUCUCCACAUGUUGGAUGUUAAGCUCGCCGGGUUGCCGACAUCCUCGGGCUCGGCGACGUCGAAUUCUGAGAUUCUGGAGAAGAACUUGCGCUUAAAAGCUGUCAUCCAAACUAUCAAGACAUGUUACGGACAGUAUGACAGCGCCGAUUUUGUUAUCCGCGCAGUGCAACAUAUUGCCGGCUUCCUUGAGCUAGAAUGCUUACAGCCUACGACGGAUGCGGGAACAAAUGACUCGUUUGGGUGGCCAGACAUUUUCAGCUCUAAUCCAAAUCUGUACCUUCGGCUGGUAUUAUCAAUGGACUUGAGUCUGAGUAACGGCCGGUUGCCCCAGGAGGAGGAUUUUCCAGCUAGACUGCGGCGAGUCUUCGCCUAG